UUACUUACUCAAAGACGCCGAUUGGGCAAAGGGCAGCCGGUACUUGUACACGAUUGGUCGCUAGGGCUGCUUCUCAGGAUCUCCUCGUGAACUAGGGCAUUCUAUUAUUGCACCAGCGAGCUGCAGUUUCUUAUCACUUCCUGUAAGGCAUCGCUGAGUCAAAAGCUGUGGUGGGAGUAAACUGAAGUCGGUGCUCCGGCUUCGCGGUGUAGCAUCUCCUCCUCUUCUGUAGUUGCGCAGUAGGGAACAUAAGGCACAGGUACACAGAACGAGCCAGUGGUCCUCUUCAUUGGUGUCUUUGCUUUGGCACCAUCCCAGCGCUCUCCUUUCUGCAAGUUCCAAGUUGUAAUUCCAUAAGGCUGCACGUCCCACAGAAGAUCUGCCUUGGAACAGAGUGUGAAGCUGGGAUUUUUAUCUGUUCCAAAGGGGAAGAUAAAUUCAAUUUGUUGGCUGACUCUUAAAUACUUGAAACCGUGGGGCCUGUCAUUAUCUUCCUAGAGGAGUUUUUGGAUGCUGUAUGUAAUUAGAUCUCUUCAUCACAGCAUGUGCCAAAAGUGGCAACACAAGGUCCUAAUUUGGAUUGGAUUGUUAUUAAAUUGAAAGCAUUGAGUUAGCAAUGCUCUUAAAUAAUGCACUGUUUUAGAGAGUGACAUUGUGCACCUUCCUAUAUGCAUCACACGGGCACAUGUGAUGUCUGCUUUAUUCACUGGAUUUCAAUAGCAAUAACAGCCGGCCAUAUACCUCCAACCCAAAAUGGAAUACCGUCAGUCAUCCGAAACCCUUCUCCACGGAGAAUUCGGAGUCUAUCCCUCCAAAGGUAUUCGCUAUGCACUUAGCUUGACUCGCACGGGUCUCCAUAUCCAGAGACUGAUACCGAAGCCUGAAGAUGACCAGCGCCUUUUACUGCCGCUCAGCGACAUGGUGGGCUGUCACACUCUGCGCAGUCAUAGCUCCGGGGAUGUGUUUGCCUAUUUUUCCAUUUAUUCCUAUCCGCUCAAGAAAAAAAAGGUAACCAUGGGAUCCGGCCGCACUCGGCAGAGGCUGGUCAGGACAUUCCGCGUGGAUGAAGAAUCGGAAUAUAACAAAAACCUUGCUAUUGCUGAGAAGUGGGCAACUGCUAUAAAGUGUCUUAUUCAGGAAAUUCCCAUAGGCAGUGAAACAGAAUUUGUUCCUGAGCUUCUACCCAGAGCCCGGAGAUUAAUGCUUUUGCUGAAUCCAUGUGGAGGCAGAGGGAAUGCCCCGCAACAGUGCCAGACCCACAUACUGCCCAUGCUGACAGAGGCAGAAAUCAGCUAUAAUCUCAUACAGACAGAGAGACCGAACCACGCUCGAGAGCUAGUGCAAGGGAUCAAUUUGGAGGAAUGGGAUGGUAUAAUUGUCAUCUCCGGAGAUGGACUUCUCUAUGAGGUUAUUAACGGAUUAAUGGAACGUCCGGACUGGGAAGAAGCUAUAAAAUUGCCAGUGGGAAUUCUUCCAUGUGGCUCAGGGAAUGCUUUGGCCGGAGCGAUCAACUACAAUGCAGGGUUUGAUCAGGCAAUGGGGUCUGAGCUGCUGCUAAACUGCAUCUUGCUGCUGUGCCGUGGUACUGUUAUUCCUAUGGACCUGGUGUCUGUGACAACCUGCUCUGGAAUCCGUUCUUUCUCAUUCCUUAGUGUAGCCUGGGGAUUUAUCUCUGAUGUUGAUGUCGAGAGCGAGAAGUACCGUCACAUGGGUUCAGCUCGUUUCACAGUCGGAACUAUGGUAAGGGUGGCCUCACUGCGGACUUACAGAGGCCGCCUGUCCUAUCUGCCAGUUUUGGAUGCUCACCGUCCCAUUUGCAGGAGCAUCACUUUGUCUCCUAAUGGGAGUUUAGCUCAGUUUCAGCGUUCCCAGUUGCACCGUACCAUAUCAGACUUUGGACUGUGUGAGGAGCGGAAUGUUAUGUAUAAGCGCAGUUCUGCUGCUCUUGACACUAAUGAGUUGCCAAGUUUUGAGACUUCACCGUCUCCAAGUUCACCAACAGCCUUGCACUCUUCCAGCUUCAACUUUGACUCGCUCUCGGGUGACCCUUCCGAUCAGGAUUCUGUGUAUUCCAAAGACUUAAAGCCUCAAAAGCACCAUCAGGUAAAUGGUCCCAAGGACGAUCUCUUGACUCCUUUGGGGCAGCCGCUGCCCAAGAACUGGAUAAUUGUGGAAGAUAAUUUUGUCUUAGUGCUGGCCAUUUAUCAGAGUCAUUUAGGGGCCGAUUUGUUCACCGCUCCGUUUUCCACUUUUGACGAUGGAUUAAUCCACCUUUUCUUUGUAAAAGCAGGUAUCUCUCGGGCAGCCCUUGUGCGCCUCUUCCUGGCCAUGGAAAAGGGUACACACUUGGAGACUGAAUGUCCAUACCUCACCCAUAUUCCCGUUCGAGCUUUCCGAUUGGAGCCUCUCACACGAAAGGGAAUUAUUACUGUGGAUGGAGAGCGGGUAGAAUACGGGCCUGUCCAGGCUCAGCUACACAAAGGACUAAGUAACCUUAUCACUGGGUCUUGCAAAGUCCGUCUGACUCCAUUUUAAUAGUUUUUCAGCAGCCCCAGGCUAUCUUGUGCAAUAUAAUAUUAGAUCUAGCUUUCCUGAAGCUAAUAAUAGUUCUCUUUAUUAAGCAUACCACGUACAAGGGAAUUUUAAUGACAAAAAAGUGUCAUUGAAAUGUAAGCAUGUGCCUAUCCAUUUCAAGUGCCAGCCACAAACAGAAGCAUGUACCGCAUAGUUAGGUUUCCUACAUGUAGUUGGCUGCUUCUCUACCCUCUUAAACACAGAAAACAUAAAGGGAACCAAGUAGGCAUUGUAGUGGACCGUAGUGUCUCUUUAAUAGUCUCCGUUAAUGCUGCAUAAUUAAGCUGGUAAUACCUAGCAUGUCCUCCUGAGCUUCCUAUUAAUUUGCAGAUGAUGCAAAACUGCUUGAAUGAGACCGCAUUAACUUUUUUUAGCAAGAAUAUGUGCUUGGUAUGAUUGUAUUUACAGGCUAUAGAUUUUAUUUAUUUAUGCAAGGGAGAAUCUCAAUAGGUUUCAGUUCUGGGUCUCUUGGAGGCUCCAGAUCAUCAUACCUUGCCUUUCUUUAUGUACAUGCAAAGCUAUGCCUGGCGUGUGCUGCAAGAAGAAACGGGUUCUAACAGCCAUGACACUUCACGGAACCAUUAGCUCCGACUCUGUCAACAUUUUGUUUUAACAUCCUGGAAGACUAUGGACAUUUUCAGACUUCCUUUUCCUUGCUCUUUGCAUUCCAUUAACUUGCAAUAUAUUUGUGGGCUAAAUGUGCCAAAACCUUGGCGUUGUAUUUGUAGGCCUGGUGGCCAUAGAACUGAUCUUGAGAAUAUGGAGCGUUUACAUAUCACAUUCAUAUAGAAUACGGACACCCAUUUCAGACAUCGAUGGAGUUGGGCAGUCAUCGUCAGAUUGGUCAAAACCUGUAGGCAGCCAGAAUGAAAUGGCAUCUGUGGUGUGAUUAGAUGGUUUGGCCAACAGUUCGUCUGUCCACCCUUAUACCGGAAAUUCACUCAAUUCUGUUUUUCAGUCUUCCGGGCCAAUUACUUUUUUUUUUAAUUACAUAAUUCCUCAAGUGUUGUCUUCUGAGCAUGAAAGCUUUCCCCCAUUAGAGGGACUUGCUUUGCAAUAGUUUGAUCCAACCUUACCAAGAAAAGUGCCUUUCCCAGCGUACAAGUAUUCUGGACUGCAGACCAGUUGUGACUCUAACUGGGAUGGCUUCAUAUUGUUUUCAGUCCUUCCUUUUGUUAUAAUCACAAAGUGACGGAAGGGCAAUUGUAUUAGGGAAAAGCAACGAAAUCCCUUGACUUGUAUGUCAUUUCCUUUUUGAGAGAGCUGCCAGUAAUGAGCUGUGGGCUGGAUGGCUUAGAACAGACUUAAGGGUCUUUACAUUGUUUGAGUACAGAUUAAUAUGAGAGAAUCCACAGAUCUUUAACUUUAAAGGUGGCCAUACACAGGGAGAUCCACAUGUUUGGUGAUGUCGCCAGACGAGCGGAUCUCUCCCCGAUAUGCCCACAUUGAGGUGGGCGAUAUCAGGCUGAUCCCCGAUGAACCCUAGGG